AUGAAAUUUUCAUUAUAUCUAAUAUCCUUGGCCCUUUUGGGUUCAAGUUUUGGUGUUGAUGCCUUCUUAGGCAUGGGCGGUAGUAGUACAGGUGGCGGUGGCGGUUUCAAGUCAAAAUUGUGUGCCAUGGGUAAGACAGAAUUCUGUCCACCGGCACCACCAGUUGAUCCCACUACGACUUCGAUAAUACCCACCGAUAUUAUAACUCCAACACCAACUUUGCCACCAACUCCACCCAUACCGACCACCACAAAUACCGGACCACCCACUACCUUAACCACCGGCACCUCACCUACAACUGAAACAAGUGAACUACCAACCGAUACACUAACAUCACCUACUUCAUCUCCUGAUCCUGAUGCUCCUCCACCAGCCGAAGGUAGAGCUUUAGAUAUUGAGGAAGAUGAUGAUGUUGAGGAAAAUGCUUUAGAUGUUGAAUCUGAUGUCACAGAUGCCCGUGCUCGCCGUGUUAGAAGUCGUCGUAACCGUCGCAAUCGUCGCAUACGCAGACGUAAAGUAAGCCGUAAGAAUAAGAAACGCAAGUCACGCAGAAAUCGUAAGAUCCGUCGUCGCAAUCGUCAAAUCAGACGUAAUCGUAAAAUCCAACGUCGUAAUCGCAAGGCUCGCAGAAAUCGUCGUCGUGGUAUUCGUGUUGUACGCAGACGUGGCAGGAAAACUAGCGGUUAA